CGUCUCAUAAUAACAAACAAUGGACUUAUCGUCAAAGCUUCCAUUUCCUUUCUUCGUCUUCUUUGUUCUCUUUGCCAUCAUUGCCUGUGCUCAGGGCUCACCACGGGACUAUGUGAAUGCCAACAACGCAGCAAGAUCACAGGUGGGAGUCCCCAACAUAGUUUGGGAUGAUACCGUGGCUGCUUAUGCCCGAAACUAUGCUAACCAGCGCAAGGCUGACUGCCAGCUGGUCCACUACCACGGCCGGUACGGUGAGAACAUCACAGGGAGCACCGGCGACUUGACGGGCACGGACGCCGUGAAGUUGUGGGUGGAUGAGAAAGCGAAGUAUGACUACAAAAGCAACUCGUGCGUUGGUGGGGAGUGCCGGCACUAUACUCAGGUGGUAUGGAAGAAUUCCAUUCGUGUUGGUUGUGCUAAAGGGAGUUGUAACAAUGGAGGCACUUCCAUUGGCUGCAACUAUGAUCCUCCUGGCAACUACGUGGGACAAAGACCUUAUUGAUCGAUCCAUGAAAGGAAAUAAUUUGCA